UUAUCACUGGUGCCAUGUGACUGGCAUCAAGUUGGUUUUAAUUAUCAAGGCAGUCACAGACUUGAACAAACAAUGGGCGGUUACUAUGAUGAGAUCGAGAUUGAGAAUAUGACGUGGGACGAAGAGGCAAGGGUUUUCCAUUACCCAUGUCCCUCAAAAAACUACGAAGACAUCGCCACCUGUCCCAGCUGCAGCUUGAUCAUUCGAGUGAUUUACGAUCCAGAGUCGUCUGGGGAUGACGAAGAGGGGGCCGAGGAAUCCGCUGACAGCGAGGACGAGACUAAGGAGCAGCAUGAGACAGCUACUGAGAUUGCUCCCCCUGAUGGCACCAAAAUUGUAGCCUCCGUUGAGGAGAAUUUUGGCAAUCUUCAUCUAGAAGAUAACCCCCCUGUGGCGAGAGACGACGGAAGCGCACUUGUUGCAGGAACAAAGUAUAGUGGCGGGACGACGACUUUCGGAAAUGCUGGUCUGCCAAGCAUUGAAUGAAGACAUGAACACUGAGACUCCUUUAUUUUAUGGG